AUGAAAUAUAGCAUACAAAAAGAUCGAAUAGCAAAGCUAAUUUCACGUAAUGAUGAAAAUAACGAAAUUCAAUUUUUUACUAUUGACAUAAAUGGUGAAUUAAAUUUAACUGGUACUGUUUUGAUAGAUGAACCAAUAAUUGAUUUUAUAUGGUCAAAACAAAUAGCGAAUUUAAGUAAUGGGCAUAGUAAUGGUCAUAAAGCUUUAAAAAAGAGGAGCUUAAAUGGUGAAGAAAAAUCAAAUACACAUGAAGAUUUUGAUGGAAAACUAAUAGCAUUAACUAAAGAAUCAAUACUAAUUAUAUCACCAACAUCAAAUUCAAUAAUAGAGAAUAAAUCUAACGACAGCAAUAUUUCUAGUUUGGUGAAAGCAGAGAAUGGGAUAGUAUGGGGAAACACCGCCAAGAAUGAUACAAUAAUCACCUUAAACUUAACCAAUAGUGAAAUAAACAGAAUAAAAGUACCCAAAUUUCAAUCAAUUCUUAUAAAUGAGGAAAAAGUAUAUAUUGGAACCAAAAGUAACCUACAAAUUGGUCAAAUAGAGAGUAACAAAUUUGUUGAGCAAAAUGAAAUUGCAUAUAAAAAAGGAGUACAAGAAAUACAACCAUUAAAAGAUCAAAUUUUAAUUGAAUCAAAUAAUCAAAUUAACCUUAUAUCUAAUAAUUCAACCAACAAUACAAUCUAUAAAGGAGAUGACAUUAUAAAAGUUCAAAUACUAAAAGUUUACGACGAACCACAUAUUUUUAUUAUUACAUCAAAUUCAAUCAAAAUAAUUUCUUUGGAUGGGAAAUUAUUAAAUGAAAUAUUUACAACACAAUCGAUAGAUGAAAUAUUACAAAUAGAAGAUGAAUUAUUUAUCAUCUGGCAUAUAGAUAAUGAAAUUAAUUUUCAAAAGUUUACACUUAUUCAAAAAGACAUUGUGGUGAAUCAACCUCAAACCCAACCAACUAAAUCACAUCCAGUCAUUAUAGAUUAUGAAGAAUCAAUACCUAUAACAAAACAAACAGAAGAAGAAAUUGAAUCUAAUAUAAAUUCAAUAGAAAAAUUAGAUUCAACCAUCCUAAUUGAAUCAUGUUCAUCAACAGACGAUUCUGACCUUAUUAAAACAUUAGUCAUAAAAUUAUCAACUCCACAAAUGGAAAAAUUAUAUCAAAUUAUAUCAGAAGAGAUAUCAAAAGAUUCAACAAAAAAUUUCAAUUUAACCAUAUGGCUUAAAUGGAUAUUAUUAGUUCAUGGAAAUUUUAUUGCCAAAAAUACAAACCUAGAAAUAAAAUCAUUACAUAGUAAUUUAUCAAAUGGACUUAAAAUUUUACCAAGUUUAUAUUCAAUAAAAGGUAAAUUACAAUUAUUAAAAUUACAAUCAGAAAUUAGACAAAAACCACAAGAAGAAUCAAAUGAUAUAACAACAACAAUAGAUGAAGAUGGUAUAAUUUUUGCAAAUGGUGAAGUUGAUGAUACAAAUACUACAAUUGCAUAG